CUCAAAGUCAGAGAUGGAAACAGUAACAGGGAAGUUGGUAGUUGAGAAAGUGAGAGGGAAAUCAACUGUCACAAGAUGCUUCUCUAAAUACCCUCUUAAAUUCAUCAUCCCCAAUAAGGUGGGUUCUUCGGAAACUGAUGCGGUUUGGAUUUAUACUCUCACUUAUGGUGGUGGGAUUGUUUCUGGAGAUUCUAUUUCUUGUGAAUUUAGUAUUGGAGAUGCCUGCACUGUUGUUUUAACUACCCAAGCUUCCACCAAGGUGUAUAAGUCUCUGGGGUCUAAGUGUUCUGAGCAAAUCAUGGAGGCAAGAGUUGGAAGUGGUGCCCUUUUAGCUGUGAUUCCGGAUCCUGUGACAUGUUUUUCCACUGCAAGAUAUUCUCAGAAACAAAUCUUCAGAGUGGUUUCAGACUCAAAUUUGGUUAUUGUCGAUUGGAUUACCAGUGGACGCCAUGAAAGUGGCGAGAAAUGGGAUUUUCAACUAUAUAAGAGCACCAACAACAUAUUUGUAGAUGGCGAUCUGCCUUUGUUUCUCGAUACGGUACUGCUAGAACAAGGAGGCAUUACCAACAUUGCAGAACGCAUGCGAGAUUACCAAGUCAUUGCAAUGGUCAUACUUUUGGGGCCAAAGCUGAAGCAUAUUCAAAAUCAAGUUCAAGAAAAUGUGAAGAGGGUGAUGUCUGAGCAAUUAUACGCUCCUUCCAUUGGAUUGAGCCAUCAUGGGAAAACAAACUCUGAUCAUCGUUUGGCCAAACCAACCUUUAUUGCUUCUUGUAGUGUCUUUGGUCCUAAGGGAAUAGGUAUUGUUGUUCGAAUAGCUGCCAUGACGACUGAAUCAGUAUACAGGUUCCUGCAGCAUCAGUUAUCUGGCAUGGAGCCACUACUCGGGGUAUCCCCGUAUUGUUGAAAAGGGGCUCUGAUAAUUAUUCGUCUCGUUGAAGUUAUUGAACAUGGAGGCUUUUUCCUGAUGCGCUAUCGUUGCAUCAAUCGGUUUAGAGAACAGGGUGGUAAUAAACCAGUGGAGGACUUAACUUAAGGUUUGUAGCUCUUGCUAUUUCUUUUGUGGGAAAGAAAAAAAAUUAACCUUAUGGACGUCUAUCAUGAAAGUAAGAGCUUAAUUGAACUCAUUGUAUAAAUUUUUUUUCUUUUUUUUUUAAUGGAGAUUGCUGUAUGAAAUAUACUGUUCUUUUACAAAAUUUGGAAGACACUCGCUGGAGCCCAUUUUACGGUCAAAAUAAAUGGUUUUGCAGUCGUUUGAAAAUUGCUACUUGAAUUGCUUUAAAAAAAAUCUUGGAAGCAAUGGGUGUAACACAUGCUCUAAUUGCAAUAAUGUUACGUUUACAACCGCUUUCUCACAACUUUUCUCUCACAACCCUGACGUAACAGCUUGUAAUUGGUCAGUUUGUAAUGGAUCACACUUAAUAAAAUUGCAGUUGACUAAUUUCGAACUACCACGUCAAGAUUGUGAGAAAAAUGUUGUAAAUGUAGCAUUACUCCUCUAAUUAUACGUCAAACGAAUAAGUUUGUGUUAUGUAUACAUUAUGCUCAUGACUAUAUGUGGCAAAG